GAAAGGGACUAGUUAAGCAUAUUCGAGACUGUGACCGCAUCGUGUUGACGAGAUGGCAGCAAGAAAUCCAGGGAUAGACUUUGAUGCUUGUUGGUUAGAGAAUGUGUGUGUAAACUUACCAGCAGUAAAACGAAGAUGUGAGACUCUGGCAGCACGGCGCACUGUCAAAAAACAAUGGCAGGCUGCUUGGCUGCUGCGAGCUGUGACUUGUAUAGAUCUGACCACACUCUCUGGAGACGACACAGCUACCAACGUCGGUCGUCUUUGUUUCAAGGCAGCAAACCCAGUCCGUGAAGAUAUAAUGAAGGCACUGGGCAUGAAUGAUCAAGGACUAACAGUGGGUGCGGUGUGUGUGUAUCCCAACAGAGUAGCAGACUGCAAGAAAUUCCUCAAGGCAGCUAAUGCUUCACACAUACCCAUUGCAUCAGUGGCCACAGGUUUUCCAUCCGGCCAGACGCCCCUGAAGACAAGACUUGAAGAGAUCAAAAUGGCGGUUAGUGACGGAGCCUCUGAGAUCGAUAUAGUCAUCAACCGACAGUAUGCUUUAUCUGGCGAUUGGUUGGGUGUUUAUAACGAGGUUCGAGCCAUGAAGGAAGCUUGCGGUGAUGCCCACUUAAAGACCAUCCUGGCUACAGGGGAGCUUGGAAACAUGAACAAUGUGUACAAAGCUAGUUUGGUCUGCAUGAUGGCAGGUGCUGAUUUCAUAAAGACCUCCACUGGAAAGGAGGGUGUCAAUGCCAUCUUUCCCGUUGCCUUGGUGAUGGUUAGGGCUAUUAGGGAGUAUUACCAAAACACUGGUUUUAAGGUUGGGUUUAAGCCAGCGGGUGGUAUUCGUUCUGCCAAGGAUUCCUCUGCCUGGCUCAUCCUGAUGAAGGAGGAGCUUGGUGAUGACUGGCUCAACAGUGACAUGUUCAGGAUUGGGGCCAGCUCUCUUUUGAUCGACAUCGAACGACAGCUUUACCAUCAUGUCUACGGGUGCUAUGCAGCUACUCACGAGUUCCCGAUUUCAUAAAACUGUUCAAUCAUGUGGAUGUUAUGCCACUUUUCACAAGAUCCCUGUGACCUACUGUUUGAAGACUGUUCCAUAAAUUUUAAAAUGAUGAAAAGAUGUGUGAAAUUAGUAAAUAAUCUUCAUGGAAGAAAAUGUAAUCAGAUUUCUUGGUGGGAAAAAAUUAUUACAUUAAAAUUAGAUAUUAAAUAGAGAAAUUGAACUGACUUAUUAGAAAGGUUAUAGACUGUAAUGUAAUUUAGUGUGGUUCUAUCUCCUGCAGCAUUUCUUCAGGUUAAGGUGUCACUUAUUCUUGGGAGUUUUAUAUUCAAUUGGUAUAAAUCAUUGAUGAAGAAAGUCAACAUUUGGUUCCUUUAAGUAACAGAUGUCAGUGGUGAUUAUUUUCAGUUCAAACAUGUGUGCCUUGAAUACUGUUUUAAUCAUUUAUUAUUUUUCAUUUGAUAUUGUAGAUCAAAGAAAGAAACUUGGUUACACACUAAUACACUGACUUUUGUUAAAAUCUUUAGAGAACAUUGUCAACCUACACAUUUGUUAUUUUUUUUACCAAUUUCACUAUAGAAUAUUUAUAUCUAGAAUUAUUGAGUUGCGAGAUUAAUUCUCUAUAUCUAGUCAGUAAAUUCAUAAUCGCUUCUUCACCCUGUGAUAAAUCUGUGACAUGUUAAAAUUUUGAGUAACAUAUAAUCCAGAAUUAAUCGUGUCAAUCAAAGACAGAAUAUGGUCAUAGCAUGUAAUAUUAUAAUUACAUAUCGUAAACAAAUUGUUUUGUAGGCUAGUUACCAGUAUUAUAUAUUUAUAUAUUAUUACAGUAGAAUUACUUCAAUAGUGAGAAGGGGGAACGUUUGUACUUGUUUUAAUUAAUCAUGUACAUAAUUAUGUAUCAUAAAGUAAAAUAAAAAGAACAAAUCUCAGGAGAUAAGUUUUGCUAUCACAAUCAUAUGAUAGCUUUUGGAAUGUGUUCUUGCUGAAGUCCCAAUGGGAAUUUCAUGCUUCAUUUACUCAUGUACCUUACUCAAAGUGCAGAGGUAUUCAUAUCAGGGAAAGGGAUACUGGCCCCAUGGGCCUCUUGUUUUUGUAUGCAGAAUCUCCUUUGUUGUUCAUUGGGUUUACACGAUGUUGUAACUUGCCUAUCCCCUUUAACUUAUUACCAGUUGACUGCAUUCAAUAAUAGAUUUGAUUGGGGCAGUAUUAAAAUCUGUUUAUAUUGUGUAGGGAUGAAAUGAGAUUCAUAAAUAUCUGGCAUAUUUUUUCACUUAAUCUUCAAUUCAAAGUGUCAUUUGAAAGUUUGACUGAAAUAUAACCUAGUACUCCUUUCAUUUUACAUGUUCCAAAUGUUGGAGCAGAGUUGUUGAUUAUUUUUAUAGAGAUGGAUUUAGCUGUUGGUCCAAUGUUUUCGAAUAAGCCUUGAUAAAAACUUAAGUAACCUGUUUUAACAUUUCCAGGUCGGUCAGGCUUUACCUACAAAUAGGCCACAGCAGAUCUCUUUACCAUGCUUGUUCAUGUAUAUGUCUGGGAUUUUAAUCAUUGCUGCACAAUUCUUUUGUACAUUAUGUUUUACCAGUUCCAACAGAAAUUAAUCUUUGCAAACAAACAUUAUUAUUUUUUUGUUACAAACUUGAAAUUCAAGUUAAUACUUGUGUUUGCAGCAAUGUUUAAUUUCUGUUCUUCUCAUUAAAUAAUAAUUUCUCUGUUCUGACUGCCAGUGGUCGACACUUGCUGUGCCAGUUUUGUUGUACAGUCAUUUGUCCUGUUCCUCUGUUUUUGCUGUAAUAUAUAUGUUUUUGAAGUGUUUUAUGCUGUUUGGUGAAUUGUUUAUCUUAAAGAUAUUUUACAUUAAGUGCUAGUUUGUAAUAUACCCUUGUACAACAUACUCCAAUAAAUACUAAAACUCAAA